AGGAGACUGAGGUAAAGUUGGGAGCGCAGCGGCGUUGGCGGCGGCGGCGGCGGCGGCAGCGGCAGCGCGGCGGGGCCGGUAUCCUACCUUGUAAAUACUGUUAUUUGUAUAUACUGUAAAUGAUGACAUCGGUGGGCACUAACCGAGCCCGGGGAAACUGGGAACAACCUCAAAACCAAAAUCAGACACAGCACAAGCAGCGGCCACAGGCCACUGCAGAACAAAUUCGACUUGCACAGAUGAUUUCGGACCAUAAUGAUGCUGACUUUGAGGAGAAGGUGAAACAAUUGAUUGACAUCACAGGCAAGAACCAGGAUGAGUGUGUGAUUGCUUUGCAUGACUGUAAUGGAGAUGUCAACAGAGCCAUCAAUGUUUUGCUGGAAGGAAACCCAGACACGCAUUCCUGGGAGAUGGUUGGGAAGAAGAAAGGAGUCUCAGGACAGAAGGAUGGUGGACAGACGGAAUCCAAUGAGGAAGGCAAAGAAAAUCGAGACCGGGACAGGGACUAUAGUCGGCGACGUGGUGGGCCACCAAGACGGGGAAGAGGUGCCAGCCGUGGAAGAGAAUUUCGGGGUCAGGAAAAUGGAUUGGAUGGCACCAAAAGUGGAGGGCCUUCUGGAAGAGGUACAGAAAGAGGCAGAAGAGGCCGUGGCCGAGGCAGAGGUGGCUCUGGUAGACGAGGAGGAAGAUUUUCUGCUCAAGGGAUGGGAACUUUUAAUCCAGCUGAUUAUGCAGAGCCAGCCAGUACUGAUGAUAACUAUGGCAAUAGUAGCGGCAAUACAUGGAACAACACAGGCCACUUUGAACCAGAUGAUGGGACGAGACUUGAUUUCAUUGGGGUUGAGGGGUCAAAUUAUCCCCGAAAAUUUGAGACUGCUCCUGGUGCAUGGAGGACUGCGACAGAAGAAUGGGGAACUGAAGAUUGGAAUGAAGAUCUUUCUGAAACCAAGAUUUUCACUGCUUCCAAUGUGUCUUCAGUGCCUCUGCCUGCGGAGAAUGUGACAAUCACUGCUGGUCAGAGAAUUGAUCUUGCUGUUCUGUUGGGAAAGACACCAUCUUCAAUGGAGAAUGAUUCAUCUAAUUUGGAUCCAUCUCAGGCCCCUUCUCUGGCCCAGCCUCUGGUAUUUAGUAAUUCUAAGCAGAGUGCUAUAUCACAGCCUGCUUCAGGGAACACGUUUUCUCAUCAUAGCAUGGUGAGCAUGUUAGGGAAAGGAUUUGGUGAUGUUGGUGAAGCUAAAGGUGGCAGUACCACAGGCUCCCAGUUCUUGGAGCAGUUUAAGACUGCUCAGGCCUUGGCUCAGUUGGCAGCUCAGCAUUCUCAAUCUGGAAGCACCACCACCUCCUCUUGGGACAUGAGCUCGACCACACAAUCGCCAUCUCUGGUGCAGUAUGAUUUGAAGAAUCCAAAUGAUUCAACAGUGCAUAGCCCUUUUACAAAGCGCCAGGCUUUUACCCCAUCUUCAACCAUGAUGGAGGUGUUCCUUCAGGAGAAGCCACCUGCAGUGGCUACCUCCACAGCAGCACCUCCACCACCCUCUUCUCCUUUGCCAAGUAAAUCCACCUCGGCCCCACAGAUGUCUCCUGUGUCUUCAGACAACCAAUCCUCCAGCCCUCAGCCGGCUCAGCAAAAACUGAAACAGCAGAAGAAAAAGGCCUCCCUGACUUCUAAGAUUCCUGCUCUGGCUGUGGAGAUGCCUGGCUCAGCAGAUAUCUCAGGGCUAAAUCUGCAGUUUGGGGCAUUGCAGUUUGGGUCAGAGCCUGUUCUUUCUGAUUAUGAGUCUACCCCCACCACGAGCGCCUCUUCAAGUCAGGCUCCAAGUAGCCUGUAUACCAGCACGGCCAGUGAAUCUUCAUCUACAAUUUCAUCUAACCAGAGUCAGGAGUCUGGUUAUCAGAGUGGCCCAAUUCAGUCGACAACCUAUACCUCCCAAAAUAAUGCUCAGGGCCCUCUAUAUGAACAGAGAUCCACACAGACUCGGCGGUACCCCAGCUCCAUCUCUUCAUCACCCCAAAAGGACUUGACUCAGGCAAAGAAUGGCUUCAGUUCUGUGCAGGCCACGCAGUUACAGACCACGCAAUCUGUUGAAGGUGCUACAGGCUCUGCAGUGAAAUCUGACUCACCUUCUACUUCUAGUAUCCCCCCUCUCAAUGAAACGGUAUCUGCAGCUUCCUUACUGACCACAACCAAUCAGCACUCAUCCUCGUUGGGUGGGUUAAGCCACAGUGAGGAGAUUACAAAUACCACCACCACGCAACACAACAGCACAUUAUCUACGCAGCCGAAUACCUUAUCAUCAUCAACAUCUUCUGGGCGCACUUCAACAUCCACUCUUUUGCACACAAGUGUGGAAAGUGAGGCGAAUCUCCAUUCUUCCUCCAGCACUUUCUCUACCACAUCCAGCACAGUCUCUGCACCUCCCCCAGUGGUCAGUGUCUCCUCCAGUCUCAAUAGUGGCAGUAGUCUGGGUCUCAGUUUAGGCAGCAACUCCACCGUCACAGCCUCAACUCGAAGCUCAGUUGCUACGACUUCAGGAAAAGCUCCUCCCAACCUUCCUCCUGGGGUUCCGCCGUUGUUGCCUAAUCCAUAUAUUAUGGCUCCUGGGCUGUUACAUGCCUACCCACCACAGGUCUAUGGUUAUGAUGACUUGCAAAUGCUUCAGACGAGAUUUCCAUUGGACUACUACAGUAUCCCAUUUCCCACACCUACCACUCCACUGACUGGAAGGGAUGGUAGCCUGGCCAGCAAUCCUUAUUCUGGUGACCUCACCAAGUUUGGCCGUGGGGAUGCCUCCUCUCCAGCUCCAGCCACAACAUUGGCCCAGCCCCAACAGAACCAGACGCAGACUCACCACACCACGCAGCAGACAUUCCUGAAUCCGGCGCUGCCUCCUGGCUACAGUUAUACCAGCCUGCCAUACUAUACAGGGGUCCCGGGCCUCCCCAGCACCUUCCAGUAUGGGCCUGCUGUGUUCCCUGUGGCUCCUACCUCUUCUAAGCAGCAUGGUGUGAAUGUCAGUGUGAAUGCAUCAGCCACCCCUUUCCAACAGCCAAGUGGAUAUGGGUCUCAUGGAUACAACACUGGUGUAUCAGUCACCUCCAGUAACACAGGCGUGCCAGAUAUCUCGGGUUCUGUGUACUCCAAAACCCAGCAGUCCUUUGAGAAACAAGGAUUUCAUUCCGGUACUCCCGCUGCCUCCUUCAACUUGCCUUCAGCCCUAGGAAGUGGAGGGCCCAUAAAUCCGGCCACAGCUGCUGCCUACCCACCUGCCCCCUUUAUGCACAUUCUGACCCCCCAUCAGCAGCCGCAUUCCCAGAUCCUUCAUCAUCACCUGCAGCAGGAUGGCCAGCUACCAUAUUUGCAGAUGAUUCUCUGUUGCCAGCGCCAGCAGGAGGAGCAGGAUAUCCUCAGUCUCGUCGAUGACCAGCUUGGUGAAUAAGUAUUACCGUACGAACUGGGCCUCUAAUAGGUCCCGAAGGCAGUGGAAUAAAAUGAAAUCUUUGCCCUUUCAGAACUCCUCUGACCUUAAUGUGCUAGUGAAGGGAUUCCUUUCACCCCUAAGAAUUUCACAACCUGUGCAACUGGAAAGAAUCACCACAAAUCUUCAUUGCCUCCAGAAACUGCCACAUCUACAGCAAGUUAAGGCCAUAAAGGGAAGGGAUAGAAAAUUGGAUGGGAAGGGGGAGGAUUGUGGAAGAAUUGAGAAACAUUUCAAGGAAAUGGCUUUAUGGAGUUGAAAUACAUACGUAUGGCUUUGAUGGUUCCAGACAAAUAAAACUAAGAACUCGAGGGCAAUAUUUGCAGUUGGCUGACAAAACAAAUUUGGGGUCCUUCCUGACACUAGUAUACUAAAUAUUUGCUUCUUGAGUACUUUUCUGUGGCUUAAAUAUACCUAAUCCCAUGCAAAGGCAUUAGAGUCUAGGGCAAGACAUGGGGUUUGGGAUGGGGUACAAAGAGAGGCUUUGAAAAUCAGUAUUAAAAGGGAUUUAGUCAGCACUAGGUUUGAACCUUAGGCUUGGUAGACUGGCACCCUAACUGCUUGAGCCACAUCCCCUUCUAAGUCAUUUUUAAGAAUGGGAUCUGGCCAUAUGGCUGCCUCUGGAGACCCUCCUUUCCCCGUAGUUGAUUAUAGACAUUCCAUCACACUUGCUGGAAGGAGGAAAUCUUACAGCCUCACAUUCUUUGUUCCUUUCUAGGACGCUUGAGUAACAUCCCUGCUUGACUUAUAAAGCUUUUAUAAUUUUUUUAUCUUGCUGGUUAUGGAGCCUGUUUGGAAAUAUUAAAGAAUCCUUUAUGGUCAUGACUCCGUAGUAGCUAAUAAUGAA